AAACUUACGACUUUUAUCUCAUGAUCUAGAAUAUCCAUACGUACGGCGGCCCAUUUGUUUCCUUUUCGGGCUAUCACAUACUACGCUGGACUAGUAUCUCCACUUCGACAGUUUAAUUCCCCCGCGCGCCUGCGGCGGCUUUUCACGGGCUUCUUCCGCUUCACGGCUUUCAACGCUUUCGCCUCUCGCGUUUCCAUCGGCUUCACCAUUCCUUCCUUUGGGAGAUUUCUCCUCUGCUCGAAUUGCCAGACUUUUACUCAGUUAGAGGGAAGUGGGAGCAAGAGCAGCGGACACCACAUUCGCAUACGUCAUUAGAAAUGUUUCCUCCGUCCCAGGGAUUGCGUCUGGAUAUCGACGCAGUCAGUCAGAUAUGCGGCUCUGUUUCGAUUGCAUGUUGGAUAGUGGUCUUUUCGCCCCAAAUCAUUGAAAACUGGAGAAGGAGCUCAGCGGACGGCCUUUCGGUGGUUUUCAUCACGAUAUGGCUGCUCGGAGACUUCUUCAACAUAUUUGGAGCAGUGCUCCAGGGCGUUUUGCCUACAAUGAUUAUAUUGGCUGUUUACUAUACCCUGGCGGAUAUAGUAUUGCUCGCCCAAUGCUUCUGGUAUAAGGGGUUUACUCUUGUCGACAAGAUCGAGACGUCAGAGGAUGAGAAUGAAGGGGAGAGCUCAGCAACGGAACAGUCACCACUGCUCUCGGAUGCUGCUAGGCGCCAUCAUAACGGGAGUCCGUCCAAUAGCCAUGGAAAUGGGUACCACACUCCUCCGCGCAUAGGAGAUCUGGACAGAAGGCAUUCCAGUCAUUCUGUACACUCGUUCAGAGAACGCUUUCUCUCCAUCGACGGGACCCAUCUUUCUCCAGCCAUGCCGAUGCACCACGAGCCGGAUCCCAUGGAUCAGAGGAAUAAGCCGCGGCCGCCACCGAGGCCUCAGACCACCCUCCAAACGGUUCUCUUCAAUCUCGGCACCGUGAUUCUCGUGUGCGCCUCCGGCGUCUUUGGUUGGUGGCUCAGCGUCACCCGCGCCGGUCCUUCCCCACCCUCUGAUUCCGUCCCAGAAAUGCUGCAAUUCAACGUCUGGGGUCAGAUAUUCGGCUACAUCUGCGCCGCGCUGUAUCUGGGCUCCCGCGUCCCGCAGCUACUGCUCAACUACCGCCGCAAGUCGACCGAGGGCAUCUCCAUGCUGUUCUUCUUGUUCGCAUGCAUUGGCAACCUUACCUACGUUCUCAGCAUCGUCGCGUAUAAGCCAAUAUGCAAGAUACCCGGUAGGUGCGAGAAGGGAGAAUCAGGGGCGAUUUAUGGGAGGUAUAUCGCGGUGAAUUUUAGUUGGUUAUUGGGUAGCUUCGGGACGUUGGUGCUGGACGCGUGUGUAUUCGUGCAGUACUUCAUGUACAGGACGGAAGAUGAGAGCGAUGAGGAGGAAGAGGUGGAGGCGCAGUAAGUUUGGGGCGAAGAUUCCUGUGUAAAUAGAGAUCUAGUCCGCGCCGAUCAGAACUCUUGUAUACAAGCAUGGGGCGGCGACUAUCGUGUUCUGCGAUGCAUUCUUGGCGAAUUGCAAAAGUUUUGCAUCUGUGUAUGAAUAAACGGAGAUUGAAAGAGAUCGAAUCACCGUGGAUGCCCGACGGGGCUUGGUGACCAGAGUUCUGUGAUAGGCGAGUAUAGAGGUCCAUACUUUAAUCUUCGCUU